AUGGGAAAUGUUGGAUUCGGCAAAGAAUUCAACAACCUGGCUACAGGCAUUGAGCAUCCGGCGAUCAAAGGCAUUCAUGACCAUAUGGCUGUUCUCGGAACAAUGGGCCAUGUUCCUUGGCUUUUGAAUCUAGCCAAUCGAAUCCCAGGAGCAGUGUCUGGGUAUUCCAGCUUUUUCCAAUGGUGUACGAAUGAAAUUGAGCGAAAGCAAAAGGAGUGGGAUAUGGACAAGAGCCCACAGGAUAUUGUCUCGUGGCUGUUGAAAGCCUAUGUCGAGAAGGAUAUAUCUGCGGCUCCAACCGAGGCUGCUCUCCAUCAGGAUUCCCGAGUGGUUGUAGUGGGUGGUAGUGAGACUGUAGCUACUACUUUGGCAUCUGCGCUAUACUAUCUAGCCAAGAAUCCUGCAGUGCUAUCAAAGCUGCAAUGCCAUUUAGAUGAAGUCAUGCCGGGAAGGUCAAAGGAUUGGUCAUAUGAGAAGGUCAAGUCUGUCACUUAUCUUGACGAUAUCAUUCAUGAAACACUUCGCCUGCGACCUGCGGUAAUGACGGGUGGAUACCGCGUUACCCCAGCCGAGGGAUUACAGAUCGAUGAGGUGUACAUUCCCGGGGAUGUCAAUGUUUUCGUUCCCGUGCAGUUGAUUCAGACAGAUGAGAGGUACUACACCGAUGCCAAACAAUUUGUACCAGAGCGAUGGAACGAGAAGACAGAGAUGUGCUCAGAGAGCGCUCCCUUCUUUCCAUUUCUCCUUGGACCUUACACUUGUCCCGGGAAGAAUUUGGGCAUGAUGAGCCUUCGCAUUUCGCUUUCCACUUUGGCCCAAUUGUUCCACAUCCAAUUCGGUCCCGGCGAGACUGGAGAGGCAUUUGAGACCGAGACUCGGGAUACUUUUACCACCACACUUCCUCCAUUACAAAUUCAAUUCCAGCCGCGCUAA